AACACCCCGGAUCAACCGUGGGAGGACCAACCCAAACUCGCCUCGGCGUGAAAAAUCCCGAUGGAGCAAGUUCCACUGAAAGCUGCACUUGACUUUAGUCGCACUUAACUCCACCGGAGAAAACAUGUCUCGUUUCGUCCGCCGUAUUUUCGUUGUCGCCUCUCAACGCGCGACAGUCAGAUCAGCAAAGUUAGCGAGGAGGAUCCCCGUAUUAAUCCGUCCUGUGUCCACAUCUCAAGGUCUGCAGUCCCUCACACGUUACAGUGAGACUACAGACUGGCAUAAGAAACUGACCCCAGAACAGUAUGUGGUCACCAGAGAGAAAGGAACUGAGGAGCCCUUUAGUGGGAUCUACCUGAACCAUUUUGAAGUGGGGAUGUAUCACUGCGUUUGCUGUGAUGCUCCACUCUUCAGCUCUGAGGCUAAGUAUGACUCUGGGACAGGCUGGCCAGCAUUCAGUGAGGCUCAUGGCACAUGGGAGGGGGAUGAAAGCCACACCACCAUCAUUCGGCGCCCUGACAACAGCCUGGGCAGUCCUGGGACAGAGGUCCUUUGUAAAAAUUGCGAUGCCCAUCUUGGCCACGUGUUUGAUGAUGGACCGGACCCAACAGGGCAGCGAUUCUGCAUCAACAGUGUCGCCCUCACGUUUAAACCCAGAGGAAACAACAAACCUGAUGAGGAUGAUGGACUUGUGUAAAUCAUUAGGAAAAAAAAAAUAAGACCAGCUAAAUGACCUUCCCGUUUUUGUGUGCUGCAAUUUGUGUUGUGGGUUAUACUGAAAGUGAAUUAAGCCCAGUUUUAUGUUGAGAAACAGUGGAUAUAUGCACUGGAGAGAAGUCUACACACAGGACACACAGUAAAGGACAAAAGACGUGUUCUCUUCUAAUCGCAAGUGUUUUUACUUUUUACCGCUUUUUGUGUUUGUCUUAACUUUCUAAAGGACGUUAGUCUCAACGUUUAGUUUGGAUGAUGAUGAAAAAAGUGUUUUUAACAGCAUUGUUAUGUUUACCAUGUUUUCAUAUCUGAAAAAUGUCAAAAAUAUGCUUUGAUAAGACCUGUUGUUCUGCAGGAUCUCUGUAAUGACAUUGCUGUGUUUUGGGUUUCCUAGUCUGGAGCCACAUGUACGUAUUCAGCUGAAGUCUGUGCUGGAAAUCAUGCAAACAUGACCAAUCUUAUUAUUAUUUUUUUUUUAAUAAAUGCACAUCUUGAA